GUGUUCUCAGAAACAGAGCAAACUUCACCCCCAUCGUAAAACAGUAACACAAACACAAAAUCAACAGGGUCUUGGAACUUUGUCUUCAAUCAGAAACCUUGAAUCCCGUUAUACCAAUCUUCCCAAAAAAAAAACCCAAAUUUUUGUUCUAAUCAUGGCAACGCUGAAGACAAUCUCAGCAGCUCUGAAACUCAUAGACUCAAAGAAAGAGAACCUCAAAAAGGCCUUCGAUGACCUCCAAUCCCACUCUUCCCUCCUCUCCUCUUUCUCUCUCACAUGGUCAGAACUUGAUUCCCACUUCACCUCCCUCCAAAACUCGCUCAAUCAACGAUUCCAACACCUCGAAUCGCUCGAGUUGCAAAAACAGGCCGAGUCAACUCAGCCAAACCCUUCAGCUGACCCAUCAAGCUCACAAGCGCCAAACGCACAAACCACCCCAAAGGUCCCUCCUUUUUCAUCAAAAACUCCGACCCAGAUGACCAAAACCCGGGUUGACCAGGAUGGUGACGUGGGUUCGGGUCAAAUAGUUAAGCCUAGGCCCGAGUUAAAGGCUUUUUGUGAGAAUAUGGAUGGGUUGGGGUUGAGGAAGUUCUUAAUUGAGUACCCAAAUGGGCCAAAUGAGAGAAAAACAAUCAGGGAUGAGCUCCCUGGUGCAUUGCUAUGUGCUCCGGACCCGGCUGCAUUGGUUUUGGAUGCAAUGGAUUGGUUUUAUAAGGAUAAUAGUGUGAAUUUGAAGAAUAAGAAUAAUAAAGAUUGGGAAUUGGGUGGCUCAAAGAGGUGUUGUGUGCUUUUGUUGGAGGAACUUAUGAAGAUUAAGGCCAAUGUGAGUGAGGAAGUGAGGGAGAGAGCCAAGGAGUUGGCUCUGAAGUGGAUAGGGAAGGAGAGAAACAUUGAGAUGCACACGUUUGAGGUGCUGGGGUUGCUGCAUUUGGUGGCAGCCUAUGGGUUGCGGUCCGUCUUCAAUGAGGAUGACCUUGUGGAUUAUCUUGUUAUCAUUGCGCAGUAUCGGCAGUCUGCGGUGUUGUGCAAAGUUUUUGGUUUGGGGGAUAAAGCUGCCGAUCUCAUUCAGAAACUUGUAAGUAAGGGAAAGCAACUUCAGGCUGUCAAAUUUAUUUUUGAAUUUGAGCUGACUGAAAAGUUUCCACCAGUCCCCCUCUUGAAAGCCCAUUUAGAGGAUGCCAAGAAGGCUGCUAGGAAAGUUGUCAACGACGGAAAUCAUUCUCGCAAGUCAUUGAAUGAGGGCAUAGCCAAAGAAGUGGGUGCAUUGAAGUCAGUUAUUAAAGUUAUUGAAGACCACAAUCUUGAUUCUGAGUAUCCACGGGCAGACCUUGAAGGGCUUAUCGAGAAGCUGCAGAAGCGGGCAGAAAACAUCAAAAAACCUGCAGCAGCUCCUCCUGCCAAAUCUUAUCAGCCACAGCAGCACCGGCACCAGCACCAGCAACAGAGUGGAAACAAGCGUCCUCGAAUGGAUUCUCCAGUUAGUCCUGCAGCAGCACCAAUAAAUGUUGGUGGCAUGAAUUCAACAAUUCCCCAAUAUCAACAAUCUCAUCUACAGUCAGCAGGUUUGUUGCCAGAGCAUCCAGCUUCAUAUGGGAGCUUGUCAGCUGUGCCCUAUGGCAUGGUGGGCCAGAGUCCUACUGUUGCCCCUUACAUGGGCCCAUCAGCUGGGUUGUAUGGUUAUCCAGGAGCCCCUGUGGGUUUUUCUGGGGACCCAAGCCCUUCUAGUUCCCAUCUAUACUCAUCAGAACCAUAUGUGCCAUCUGAUUAUUAUGUUAGGCCAACUGCCUAUGAUGGAUAUGGUGUGCCACCCCAAUACCAUCCAUCAUACUAUCAUAAGUAAAUUGAUGCACUCUGUCUUUGUGAUAGUAUAUUUUUGGAUGGUAUAGUAGCUUUCACAUUGCAGCGCUGGUUAUCGGAAAGCAUAGCUUGCUUUUUUGAUCACCUGAUUGUAGUACAGCAACUAGAUACGGUGAUUAAGGAUUGUGAGAUUUUCUAGCGUCACAUUCUUAAUUACUUAAAUUAUUUUUAACAGGGUCUUUAGGUCAA